AUGGCUCUACCCCUCUUUAACUUGUCACCUGAACAGGGAGAGGUUGUGACUCGAUAUCAGAUUUAUUACGAAGAAGCAGAACUCAUAGGGAAGGUCGAUGCCGAUGUUUCAGAACGCCGUGCGACGAUCAUAGCGGGAAAUCGCAUUCAGCUCCGCCCGCAACGACAUCGCCUCAGGCGUAUGAUCUAUAAAACACGCCGACGACUCGAAGACGACUCCAGAUCUCAUUAA